GGAAGACUAUGUUAUGCAUACAUACCGGCGAGAUAUGUGUUUUUAUUUCUCGCUUCUUGCGGUCUAUUCCUUGUCUAUGCGUUCAAAGGAUUUCUAGGAGUGGCGAUCGUAGCGAUGGUCAGACAUAAAAACACUUCCACAGCCAUUGAUAACGAGUGUCCCGCAGAAGAUAAUUACCAAAAUAGUGGCCAUAAUUCGGGCGAAUUUAAUUGGGAUGACAAACAACAGGCCCUACUUCUGGGCUCAUUUUUCUACGGAUAUGUGAUAACACAAAUACCGGCCGGAAUUGCUGUCGAAAGGUUUGGCGCCAAAUGGAUGUUUGGAUUUAGUUUAUUAAUAUCGGGAAUACUCUCACUGUUGGGCCCGAUGUGCGCGCGUUGGGGUCAGGACUCUAUCGUCCCGUUUUUUAUUACACGUUUGGGUCAGGGAUUAGCGCAGGGAGUGAUCCUUCCCUCUAUGAACUCAAUGAUUGCCCAAUGGAUGCCUAAAAUGGAGAGAAGUCGAGCCAUGUCUAUCAUAUUUGCCGGCUCUUCGCUCGGAUCCGUUGUCUCUCUACCACUGACUGGAUAUUUAUGCGACGAACCCUUUUUGGACGGUUGGCCAACAAUUUUCUAUGUGUUGGGUAUUAGUGCCUGCAUUUGGUUUAUAUUUUGGUCAGUCUUUGUAUUUGAUUCGCCAGACAGUCAUCCCUUUAUAUCGCAAUAUGAAUACGACUUAAUAAGCGAAGGACAGGGAGAAGAGAAACUGAGUUCAAAAAGAAAGAUUCCGUGGAAACCAAUGUUGACUUCAUAUCGAGUCUAUGCGUCGACUGUAACACACUUUGGCUUCAAUUGGGGUUAUCUCACACUCUUAACACUAUUGCCCACAUAUUUCACUAAUAUUCUUCAUAUGAAUAUUAAGACUGUAUAUAAUUUUGCAUUUUUUGGGACAGGAAUCUGUUUGAUAGGAGUUGUACUCUCAAAAUGUGAUAAAACAUUAAGCAUUGUAUUCUUUGUGAUUGGUUUGGGACUAAACGGAAGCUGUUAUUCGGGAUUUUUGGCCAAUUAUGUGGAUAUGGCUCCAGAUUUCGCUGGUAUUUUGAUGGGUGUUACCAAUGCUGUCGGCAAUGUUCCCGGUUUUAUUGCCCCACAAACGGCUUCUUUAAUAUAUUCAAAUGGGCAAACACUAAACAGUUGGUCGCAUGUAUUUUACACAUGUUCUGCAAUUUACUUCUUCACUGGUAUUGUUUAUAUUCUGUUUUCUACAUCAGAGUUACAGACCUGGGGUUUGGCUAAAAAGGACGACAAAGCAAAUGAUAAUACAAUUGAAAAAUCA